AUGUGCUGGGCAGUGCCUGGACCAUUGUGGCUGGGAUGCACUGGGGGUGUGGCUCCAUCGCUCCAGGCAGCCCCAGGCUCCAUGCAUGGUCCCCACGGCCCUGCCCCGGCUCUGCAGCAGCCUCGGCCCCUGGGGCAGCUAAUCCCCAGCUCAGCCCCGUGGGUGCGGACAAAGGUCACGGCGACGUGCGAGGGCAUCGCCGCCCUUUUCUCCCAGGAGCAGCGGCCCAUUCGGGACGACGCGGGGAAGGAGCUGCGUCAGGACGCGAUGAAGGAGAACUGCCAGCGCCUGUCUUUGCCGGCAGGUGCCUGGCCCAGGAGGGACGCGGGGAGAGACGGAGAUCGCAAAGCCGCUUCGGAGAGGCAGGAGCCUGCUGUGCUGCCCCUUAGCAGUGCCCGAGAGGAGGAGGCGUCCCCAUGUCCAGAGAUGGAGCCACACAGCAGUGCCGGGGGCACCCCUGAGCGCGACCAGACACCCCCAGGGGCAGCGGGGCGGCACAAUGCGGACGAGCUCAGCCACGGCACAGCCCACAGGACCCGGGCCCAGCUGGGCCGCAUGGGCACGCACUCCUACGUCGGCAGCCCCAGGGGCAGUGCAGGCCGAGCCGUGGCAGGCGGGAGCCGCGAGGGCGUCCUGCCGAGGAAGGAGCGCAAGGAGCUGUCGCUCCCAGAGAAGGUGCGGGUGCUGGCCAUGCUGGACGGACCCCGGGUGUCGCAGAGCGAGCUGGCCCGGCGCUUCGGCGUGUCCCAGCCCCAGAUCUGUCGCAUCCUCAAGAACAGGGAGCGCAUCCUCAGCGCCUGGCACCAGGAUGCCAACCCCGGGCGCAAGCGCAAGCGAGGGGGGCCAGGCGCAGCCUCUGAGGCCGCCCUGCUGCAAUGGGCCGAGGGCAUGCGAGCUGCCCACCCCCCUGCCCCCCAGCCGGAGCCUGCAGAAGCGCUGCGAAAGCCGGGCUGGGACCCCGCAGGGCCGCAGAAGGAGGCUGAGCCGCCCCUGGCCGCGGGCUGGGCCAGCGCGGUGCUGCCUCACCUCCUGCGCAGCUACGCCGCCGCGGACAUAUACAGCUGCACGGAGACCAGCAUCCUCAUCAGGGCCCUCCCGGCGGGGGCAGCUCCAUGGGGAAGGGGGCCAGGAGCCCGAGGACGCCUGAGCCUCCUGCUCUGCGCCAACGCCGACGGCUCUGACAAGACAGACGUCCUGGCCGUGGGCCGGCACCCGGCCCCGCGCUGCUUCGAAGGGGUCCGGCUGGCGCACAUGCCCUGGAUGUAUCGGGCCAGCCAGCAGGCGCGGCUGACAGCCCCGCUCUUCGUGGAGUGGCUGCAGGGGUUUGACGCGGCCGCGCGGCAGCAAAGGAGGCACGUGGCGCUGCUGCUCGGCCCCUCCAGCGCCAAGUCCGCCCCGGCGCUGUCCCACGUGCGGGUGCUUCCCCUGCCCCCAGCCCGGCCGCUGGACCGGGGAGUCGUGCGGUAUUUGAAGGGCCUCUAUAGGAGGAGGAUGCUGACACGGCACGAGGAGCUCGCCACGCUCCCGACGAUCUCGGACGCUCUCCACGUGCUGGCCCAGGCCUGGAGGGAGCUGCCCUGUGCAGUCAUCCAGAGCAGCUUUCGAGCUGCCGGCUUCAGCUUGGACCGUGCCCUCCAGGCUCCCGCGCUCGGCACGGUGCAGGCGCUGCGGCCGGUCGGGCUGGAGCGACUCACGCCGCUGAACUCGGGGCCGGACGGGGUGGGUGUUACCGAAGGGGUCCUGCUGGGCAGAGCGAUGGCCGGUCCAGUGGACGAGGAGGAGGAUGAAGAGGAUGACCCCCCCGCGCCGCCCUGCCCCUCCAAGGCGGAGGCGAUGGAGAGCCUGGGCAAGCUGCGGCGGUACUUGGAGUGCCACGCCACGGCCCCCGGCCUGCUGCACGCCUUCUACCAGCUGGAGGACGCGGUGCACGCGGUCUGCCCCGGGACCCUGCGAGGUGAGGCCGCAACCGUCCAGGACUGAGCCAGCAUGGACGCUGGCACCGGACUGCUGAGCGCUGCCCAGACGGCGACAGCUCCUGGUGCUGUUCCCAGAGGGGUUUCCCCGCUUUGUGCCAGUCGCUGCCACAUGGAGCUUACGGUCGGCUCGGAGGAGAGAGGCUGCAGGCAGGGAGAAAGGGAGCAGCAGUGCCGCUGAGGGUGGAUGACCACAGCAUGCGGCGAGGUGCCCAGGGUCACCCAGGGUCUGUGGCGGGGCUGGGACAGGGUGGCAAAGAAGCCCGUUCUCCCUCCUGUGCUCGUCCUCUCCACCCCUUUCCUGCCAACUUCACCCCAAUUCCAGCAGGAUGUGGUGUCCUCUGUCUCUUCCUGUCCUAAAUCCUCGCGGUGCAUGGCCGGCAGCCGCCUUUCAGUGCUGGGCGCGGACCCCGGCAGCGGGCGAGGGCCGCGGCAUGAGUCUGUGUGUCCCAAGGGGAUGUGGACCAGAGGCAAUUAAAGAGCUCGUUUGCAAUG